UGUAGAAGGAGGAACUUCCGCCUCGUUCCUUUUUCUUUUCUCUCGUUCUCUCUCCUCGGGUCGCCGGCCGUUGAUUGCAGCAACAAGGAACCAAGAUGGCGACGGCGGGCGGAGAUUGCGACGUGAUUAUGGCGCCCGCGGCACCCCCAGCGGUGGCUUCCCAUUCCGCGGUGCCGCUGAUGUUGAGCGAGGAGGAUGAGGGGACGCGCAGAGAAGCAGAGUCCUUCAAGGAGCAGGGAAAUGCAUUUUAUGCCAAAAAGGACUACAAUGAAGCAUACAACUACUAUACAAAAGCAAUAGAUACAUGUCCCAGCAAUGCCAGUUAUUACGGAAACCGUGCUGCCACUCUCAUGAUGUUAGGCAAAUUUCGGGAGGCCCUGGCAGAUGCUCAACAAUCAGUCAGAAUGGACGAUAGCUUUCUGAGGGGACAUUUAAGAGAGGGAAAGUGCCACCUAUCUCUGGGGAAUGCCAUGGCUGCCAGUCGCUGCUUCCAACGAGUUAUAGAAUUGGAUCAUGAAAAUGCACAAGCAGAGCAAGAGCUGAAGAGUACCAAAACUGUUCUAGACUAUGAGAAAAUUGCUGAAGUUGACUUUGAAAAACGGGACUUCCGAAAGGUUGUCUUUUGUAUGGAUCGUGCUCUAGAAUUUGCCCCUGCCUGUCACCGGUUCAAAAUCCUCAAAGCAGAAUGUUUAGCUUUGCUAGGUCGCUAUUCUGAAGCCCAGUCGGUUAUAAGUGACAUCUUGCGAAUAGAUGCAACAAAUGCUGAUGCUCUCUAUGUCCGAGGACUUUGCCUUUACUAUGAGGACUGCAUCGAGAAGGCUGUGCAGUUCUUCGUCCAGGCAUUAAAAAUGGCUCCUGACCAUGAUAAAGCCUGCCUUGCCUGCCGUAAUGCCAAAGCACUGAAAGCAAAGAAAGAUGAAGGUAACAAGGCUUUCAAGGAAGGGAAUUAUAAGCUGGCCUUCACACUUUAUACAGAGGCUCUAGCAAUAGAUCCAAACAACAGGAAAACCAAUGCCAAACUCUACUGCAAUCGUGGAACUGUUAAUUCCAAACUUGGAAAACUAUGCGAAGCAAUAGGAGACUGUACAAGUGCUAUCAAAUUGGACGACACAUACAUCAAGGCCUAUCUAAGAAGAGCACAGUGUUACAUGGACACAGAGCAGUAUGAAGAUGCUGUGAGAGAUUAUGAAAAAGUUUACCAGACAGAGAAAACUAAAGAACACAAACAGCUACUCAAGAAUGCACAGAUGGAAUUGAAAAAGAGUAAAAGGAAAGAUUAUUACAAGAUCCUGGGUGUGGAUAAGAAUGCUUCUGAAGAUGAAAUUAAAAAAGCAUACCGGAAACGGGCCCUAAUGCAUCAUCCAGAUCGGCAUAGUGGAGCAAGUGCUGAAAUCCAAAAAGAGGAAGAAAAGAAAUUCAAAGAAGUCGGUGAAGCUUUUACCAUUCUCUCUGAUCCAAAGAAAAAGGCCCGCUAUGACAGUGGCCAGGAUCUAGAGGAAGAUGGCAUGAAUAUGGGAGAUUUUGAUGCUAAUAAUAUCUUCAAAGCUUUCUUUGGAACACCUGGAAGUUUUAGUUUUGAAGCUUCUGGACCUGGGAAUUUCUUUUUCCAGUUUGGCUAAACUGCGGAACAGAUCCAUUUCAUCUACUGAAAUCCACAGUUUCCCUGACCUGCUUCAUUUAAUUUCAAGUUUCAUCUUCCCUUCAUUGCAUCUCAGCAUUUCUUAGGGCUGUGGCAUUUUUUCUGUUGGAAACAUCAAUUUUUUGUGUGUGCUUUAGAGUGUGAUGAGAAAACCAGCAUUUGAAGGGAAAGGGAGCUGUUAAGAAAUACACCUUUAUUGGUUCAUUGUUAAUUUUAUAUGAAAGAGAGAGAAAGAGAGAAAAAUCUGUGGAUUUCUCCAUUAAGUAAUUUUAGAUUCCUAAGCUGCUGGGACUUCAUUCAGGGAAUCCUUACAUUUUAAAAACUGGAUAUGCCAUGCUUUUAUUGGGUUCAUAAUGUGGGGAACAUGAAAUGAGGUUUUUUUUACUUUGGUUGUAUUGUACUGACUGUAGCCAUAUUGAAACCUUAUUUCCAGAAACAUUUCAGACACUUGAGAAAUACAAAGAAGUUUACUGCAUUAUUCCCUGAGUCAUUUUUGGAAUAAGAGUUGCCUCUUCUCAGCACUUUCUCUUAAUAUUCCCAGAGUCUCUUUCUUUGAGGAACACUUUAUGUUUCCAAUUGCUUGAGUACUUCAGGAAAAUGGUAAGGGCUGAUUUCUUACAUGGACAUCCCAUUUUGAUGGUGGCUUCCAGAUCAACAUGUACACUUGAUUUCAUUGAAAAGCGCAUAAAGUCUGAGGUGAUUGUCAGGUGUUAUGAAGGGUAUAUAUAUGUGUGUGUGUGUGUAUGUUGUUUGAUCUACAGUGCAUAUUUCACAUUUCCACAUCAACAUGUGAUGUCAUGGUUCUUACUUGCAUGUACAAGUCCAAUGUAAGUGUUGGAAUCUCUUAAAAUUAAUUGGAAUCUCAAAAAGCAUAUUUGAUGUUGAGAAGAUUUUUCAGAAUUCAGCAAUAUGUUGAAAGUUUAAAAGAAAAAAUUCAGCAUUACUUCAGGGAAGAGAACUCUUAUUAGUAGCCAGCCAAAUUGAAGUUCCUGGUAUUUUUUAAAGUUUUGCUCAAUAUUUGUACCAUACUGAUAGCUACUAAUCCAUAAUAUCAUUUCUGCUGUGGACAAUUAGUUAAUUCCUUUUUCCACAACAGUAAAAAUCAUAAGUACACUAUCAUUUCUAACAGUAUUCCAAUUGAACCACUUUAUACUUGGUGCAGUUUUCACCAUUUUAUGGUGAAACUCCUUAUAGACUUUCAGUUUUCCUCAAUUCAGACCACACUGGGAGAUGAGGGAAGCGGAAAUCUCAGAACAUUUAGCGAAAUCAAAUUGGGGAAAGUUAGCCUGGAAGAUCAAUAUUCCGAUGAAUGAAAUUGUUCAAUUUAAGAAAGGAGUGGUGUUUGUGUUACAAACAGGUUUUAGCAACUUUUCUAUUUAUGAGACCCGGGGAAAAGUUAACAAAGAACCUCAAAAAGUGUAAUCAUUUUUAAACUAUUCUUGUGCAGUGCCUGGAUUUCUGCUGAAUGAAAUGUUAGAUAUUGGUCCAAUAUCCAAUAUGAAACAUUGUUUCAAAAGAGGCCCAGAUUAUGUCCUAGGUAUAAUACUCUACUUUUCAAGCUGCUCAGUUAAUGGGUUCUGACAAACUUUAGAAAUAGCAGUAAAUUAGACUUUGUCAGCAUCAUUUCCUUUAAUAGUUCCAAAUCGAGGUACUCAAAAAGUAGUUAAAGAAAUGCAGUCUAUUGAGAGAUGCCCAGGGAUUAAAUGAGAAACUAAAGAGGGAAGAGAAUAAAUUCAAGAUUGCCAAGAUUGCAUGCCUAUUCCUGGCCAGCAAAUGGUAAAUACUGAAUCGUUCAGAAUUUCAUUGCGCAGUCUAUUUCUGUUGGUAGAAUUUAUUGUAUUUGGUCGAAGGCAUAUAUUUAAAUGAGUUAUUUGGUGGAAUUGUGUUGUGUCUUCUCUAUUAAGGGUAAUGACAAACAGGAUAAUUCAGAAACUGGCACAAAAAGCUAUGAAAUCAACAAUCUCCCUCUUCAUCACUUUAGGUUGAAAGAAGUUAAACAACAGCAUGUUUUCUUCAGAGACUGAGGUGUCAAGAAUCAAUCCUGGCAUCCUGUGAAUUUUCUACUUUUAAGAUGUUCUGGCUCUUUGCAAUAAUUUUAUUUUAAAACUUCACAGAGGAUUAUAAGAAUAUUAAGAAUUUCAGUGGAUGGCAGCCAGGUUUUCUGAUCAUCUCUACACAGAUGGGAGUUGUAGUACGAUUUUUUUUUGUCAGAUCCAAAAGUCAAUGAUAAAAGGUUCCUGUACCUUAAAACUUGAUUGCAACCUAAAAAGUGAUGAAUGCUGUAUUACUUUGCCUUUCUAUCUUUUUUUAUUAUCUACAAUUCUUCUCAUUGCAGUCAUUAAGGAUGUUCUGAUACAUUUGCGUUAUAUAUUAGGCCAUGUAUAACCUGCUUUAGAAAUUCUCCACCUAAUAAUCAUUUUACAAUUUGAAUUUGUUUCUUAGCUCUCAAAUUUUUUUUAAAUUAGCCAAGCUAUCUUUAAGAGGUACCAAAAAACUAUGGGUGACUGAUAAGCAAAGAAUUAAUUAUCUAUCUGUCUAGGGCUUGGAGUAUACCUAUAAAGAUAUACAUUGUCAGAAUGUUGCAGUGAUCAUAAUAAGGUGAAAUGAUACCUUUUUGGUGUUACCUUUUUGGUAUUAUCCUUAUGGAAACUCCCUGAGAAUAAAGAACAAGUAUAGAGAGGGUCUUGAACAUUCUUUUUAGUGCUAGUUAACUUGCCAUAGAGGAAGGCAUAUAUUGCUGGUAAUGUUAAGUAAAUAUCACUUUAACCAUUUAAAAGUACCACUUUUUUCCCAACAUGUGUACACAAAAUCUCUAAGCAGGGAAUUGAGAGCCAAGACUUUCUCAUGUAGUAAUGCAUGAGAUAAUUUCUUCGGUGAAGUAGAUCUAAAAGCAGCAUAUUUUAGGGAAACUUGCCAUUUUUGCCUAUUUUCCUGUACACUUGAACAGGUGUUCUUGCAUGUAUUUUAUCCUUUGCUGUACAGAUACAUUUACAAGGAAUGCCUGAGCAGAAGACAGGUAGACUAAUGUUCAAGCCACUUGAAGAAAGGCUGUUUGGCUAGGAAUCAAUAGCAUACCAUUCUAGACUUAAUAAUACAUCUGUUGCAUGCUCUAAUUUUAAAACAGCAUCCUGUCCCCUUUACUCUUUCCUGUGGAUAGUUUCAGACACAUGGAUAGCCAUGGUGCCCCACUUCAAUCUUUUCACUUAUCUAAGGUGAAGAUUAUUUAAACAAAAAGUGGCGACUGUUCAUUAAGCAGGAUUCAUAAUGUGUUUAUAUGCAGAAUUUUGAACCAGACUGAAGCAAACCCAUAUGCAAUUGAUAUUAACUUUAUUAUAAAAUGUAUAUGAUGUACAAAAAAUAAACCCUCCAGAUCUCA